CUUUCAUUCCAUCCUCAAACUUAAGAGAGUAAAGUUGAAAAUGGCGAUCCUUGGUGCCUCCAAAUUCAUCUCAUCAUUUGUUACUGUUUUAGCAAUACUUUUACUACUCCUCACCUCUGCUCUUGGAACUGCUGCCGAACCUACCAUUAGAUACGGACGUAAACUUCUUCAACCUGGUGGUUAUGCAAAUGACUUACCCAAACCAAAAUCAACUCCAGUACCAUAUUAUGGAUAUGUCGGUCCAGGAUAUCCUGGUAGGGGAGGAUAUUACCCCCCAAGACCAUGAAAACUCUAACCACCACGACGUCGCAGAAAUAACAGGAUCAUUGCUCUUUAAAAUUCUGAUUUUAUAUAAUAGGAGUUAUAAACAAUAUAUAGGUGAUGUACUACUGCAAUGAGCCACAACUAUUGAGUGCAUACACCUGUAUUACAAUCUGUAUCAGCCAAUUAAAUAAUUGAGUAAUUUAUUUA